UGGAGAUCGGUUUGCCGGUGUCGAUGAGACCUCACGUUUCCGGAUUUUGCUGGAGGGCCCGGUCUGUCGGGCUUGGUACCUGGGGAAGCGUUUCCUACGCCAGACCCUGGGGUUACCUGAGCAAAUAGUCCCAGUUCACCCUCCUGCGGAUAUGAGGGAGACCGAGAGGCUCACCAGCGAGUAGAUGGAUGACUACACCAUUGGCUGGGAGGAAGCCGGCUUCAGAGGCACCGGCGACUAUCGGGAGUACGUGCAGACGUACCUGAUGCGACCCAUGAGCGAUGGCCGUCGAGCGGAGGGGGCCAGGCCUGUGGCAACGGCGGCUGGGGCCAGAGCGGGAGUUGGAGUAGGGGCUGCGAGGAGGGCCCGAGUCCGUGGUAGGGGCGGAGUUCAGGGAGGACGGGGGACUGUCUGGCCCGCCCUGCCUGCUGUACUGACUUUCCAGGGGCAGGGUGGGGCGACCUAUCAGAUCCCCUUCGCCCCUCCGCCAGCUGAUCACGAGUUCGUCGGUGUCCCCGACUUACCUCCGGCUUCUUCUGAGUACACCCGUCAGUCGUUGGCGAUGAAUGCCUCGAUGAUGGGGAUGCUCCAGCGGACUUUUGACCUCCUAGCCGUCUACAGCAUACCACUGCACUAG